UUUCGUUCAACACGGUAUUCAAAGAAACAUCUGAUGACUUCAAACGAGUCUCCGUCACCCUGGAUGUGGAAACAGCGCAUCCGCUGCUCGAGGUGUCUGAGGAUCGGAUGAGGGUGAGACUGACCGGGACCCGGAGGAGUCUCCCUGACACCGGGAAGAGGUUUACAGGCUGGCCGUGUGUGCUGGGAUCGGAGGGAUUCACAUCGGGGAGACAUUACUGGGAGGUGGAGGUGGCGGGGAGUCAGUGCUGGAGGCUGGGAGUCGCCGCAGAGUCUGUGGAGAGGAAGGGAGGGGUCGACCUGACCCCGGAGACUGGGUUCUGGAGCAUCGGGCGGGGUUGGGUUGGCGAGUUUGUUGCAUUCACCUCCCCUCUAUCCCCUCUCCCCGCCCGUCCCAUCCCCGGGAGGGUGGGAGUUUAUCUCAGUUACGAGUCCGGGACAGUUUCAUUUCACGACGCGGACACCAAGUCCCAUCUCCACACCUUCACUGGGAAUAAAUUCACGGAGAAACUUUAUCCUUUCUUCUGGACUUGGGAUGGAAACUGGCUGAGAAUCUGCUCCGGUUCCGCUCCGGGUGUGUAAAAAAAAUGUAAAUGUGGGAAGAGUGAAAUAAACAGCAACUGAAAU